GCCGCGGCCCGCCAUCCCAAACAUGGCGGCUCCGCUGGGCGGUAUGUUCUCCGGGCAGCCUCCGGGGCCGCCGCCACCCCCGCCGGGACUCCCGGGCCAGGCUUCGCUUCUCCACGCAGCGCCUGGCGCGCCGAGAACUUCUAGCAGCACCUUGGUGGACGAGUUGGAGUCGUCAUUCGAGGCUUGCUUUGCUUCUCUCGUGAGUCAGGAUUAUGUCAAUGGAACCGAUCAGGAAGAAAUUCGAACUGGUGUUGAUCAGUGUAUCCAGAAGUUUCUAGACAUUGCAAGACAGACAGAAUGCUUCUUUCUACAGAAAAGAUUGCAGUUGUCUGUCCAGAAACCAGAGCAAGUUAUCAAAGAGGACGUCUCAGAACUAAGGAAUGAAUUGCAGCGGAAAGAUGCGCUGGUGCAGAAGCAUUUGACAAAGCUAAGGCAUUGGCAGCAGGUGCUGGAGGACAUCAAUGUGCAGCACAAAAAGCCAGCCGAAGUCCCUCAGGGCUCCUUGGCCUACCUGGAGCAGGCCUCUGCCAAUAUCCCUGCGCCUCUGAAGCAGACCUGAGAGGGCUCUGGCCUAUAAGGUAGCCUCUUGAAGACAGUUUCACCAAACCUCUCUGUGUGGACGUUGACAUUUUAGAAGAAUUAUUUGCCAGGGGAUGAGUUGGUGUUAAUUUUGUUUCCACCUAAAAAUUUCCCUGAUUUUUGUGAACUGUUAAUUACUCGAUUAGUUUAUAAAAUGCUUAUGGCUUGGUGAACCAAGUGAGAUUUGGUUUUGUUUGUAGCAAAGUUUAGACUUAGUUUGAUGACAUAGAUUCUUUCUUGUUUUUUUGCUUGUUUUUAAAAUUUUUAUAUGGCUUUUAUAUACUUUUUUCCAGUUGUUAGUUUGUUAUUAUCUGAGGGGGAAAAUUACAAUACUCCAGAAUCAGGGGAGAAGGAGUUUGGUUUUAGUCCUUUAACAUUUACUACCCGUUCAUGAUAGUAGAGAAAAAUAUGUAAAUUUACUGUCUCAAGACUUUGAACUACCUCAAGAAGAGGAAUCUAAUGCAGCGUUUGUAAUGCUUCCAUAGUAGUGCAGAUAUUUUGUAAAUGUUUUUGUAAAUGGGUCAGAAAGGGUUAAAAUAUGCUGUUGGUGUAGUAAUAUCACAGUAGAUCCUUAAUUUGAUGCUGCCUUUUGUUAGGUGAGUUUGUGUUGUGUGAUGUUGCCUGUUUGCUGGGGAGCUGUACUAGGAGCAUGAUAUGCUAGAUGCCUUGCAGUAGUUAACCAGCAUGAGUAACAAGCAGACCCAGUCUCUAGCAGGACAACUGGGACACAGGUGAAGUACGAGGGGUCAAAGCUUGGUCUGAUUCUUUUUCUUCUGAAUUUUGUGUUGUUUGCUUGUGUUUUUGUUUUACUUUUUGGUGAAGAAAAGUCAGUUUACAUGAAGGAAGAUUCUUGCUCAUGAAUUUGAUUGCCAGGGACUAGGGCCUUGGGGCAGAGGUGACCUGCAGAGUGAUCCCCGGCUCCUUCACCUCCAUAGAGAGCUCGCGACUCCUCUGGGGAGGGUAUUUGCCCCUUGUUGGAGGAGGUUUUCUGUUCUCUGUUGUAUCUUUGCUUAGAUUACAUCCCUUCAGCCAGUACAGACACUCCACUGUCUUCUGAGUAGUCAGUAGGUCUGUGGCUCUUUUGUCCUCUCUGACAAGGAAGAUCCUUCCCCACACGCUUUGAUAUCCACUCUUGUUCUUGGUCUGGCCUGGGUGCCACCUGGUCGAGAAGCCUCCACUCCAUUCCAAGGCACAGGACUUUCAUUCCUUCCACUGCCUUGUGGGUUAGGGUAUGGUAUUUGUUUCUGUGCCCCUUGCUGCAUUGUAUGCUCAUGGGAAAUAGGCAUUACUCCUAUUAGGCGCUGAAUAUACACAACAUGUAUUUUACAUAAUACUUUGUUCUCACUUUGUGUGUAUAUGUAUGUGUGUGUAUAUAUAUAUUACUCAUUUUGUUUGUGCGCUUUAAGGAUGAUAUUUGUUUUGUGGACCUGUGACCUGUGUUGAUCAGCCUGAGGCUAGCAUAUUCCCUUGGUUGGAAUGUAUAGGUGGAAACUUAAAAGUUAUUUUUUACUCAUAAGGGUUUAACCUGGUCAUCUUAUGCUAAUUAGAAGCUUUGAUUGGCAGCUUUAGGUUUCUUGAUUAAAAUCCUAAAUAAACUAAGUUUGAAGCAGUCUUUCAAUAAUAAAAGUGUUUUUGGUGAAAAGAUAGGGAACUGUUCUACUUGGUGCUUAGUGAAAAUGUUUUGAAUUAGUGUGUAUACAAGUUAUUGUCAUUUCUUUAUAUUAAUUCAGAAGUUUUCUGUUAAAUAAAUAACAAUUUUUCAAUAUUGUCAGUUUGUUAACAUCUUUUUAAAUGACAUUUUGAUGACUGCUGAACAUAGAAAUUCUCUGUGCUGCUCUGUUCUUCAGGGAGAAACCAGAGUUCAUGCUCCGGGACUUCCCCUGUCUUCCUGCGCUAUCGAUAACCCUUCCCACCUCUUGAUGGCUUUGCCCUCCUGUCCCAGCAGUUGAAGUGCCUGCCCUGUGCAAGGUUAUCAUUCUGCAUGCUCUGGGUCCUAGAUCAGUCGCCUUCUAUGGGGCAGACAGCUGAGAGCUAGUAGAAGACAGUAGAUUAAAAAAGUAUCAGGAGGCUGGGAGUGAGGCUUGUUGGUAGAACGCUUGCCCAGCAUGUGUAAGGCCCUGGGUUCAGUCCCCAGUACCACUGAAAACAAAAACCAUAUUGUAUCCUGGGAGUGGAGUUGAGGGUAAUGGUGGAGAUAAGUGCCACCCUUAGAAAUCUAGAAGAUACUGAAAACGGUCCAUGUCAUAGCUGUUUAAUUUGCCAGCCUCACCUUUACAGAGUCCAGAUGGAUCCUGGAGAGGGCCUAUUGACCAGAAGUCUCAAUCACAACCACUGCAUUGGAGGUGGCAGUAAGCUGAAGCAGUUAAGGGCCAGGUCUAUGGUCUGCGGCAACUGAUGGGUUCUAUCCCAGUUAAGAAACAGUGGAACUCUAGGUACAUAGAACUCUUCAGCUUCUGUCAUAAUACAGCCUGAAAAGAUUUAGCAUCUAAUCCUGUAUCUCCCUGCUAACUCAAACCUGAAUCAGUUCGUGUCUCUUAAUUGCCAUUGUUACCUGCAGGCCAUUGCCAUCACCCCUAGGUCCUUCUGCUCUUGAGAGAUUGAAGGAAUCAGAUGACGCCAGUUCAGACAGGUAGAAUUUUUUUUUUCCUUUUUUUCAGUGCUGGGGAUUGAACCCAGGGCCUUGUGCAUGCAAGGAAAACUCUCUACCAAUUAAGCUAUAUCCCCAGCCCCAAUUGAGCUAUAUCCCCAGUCCUAGAAUAUUAUCUAUCAAAUCAUGUUUUGUUGUCAUUAUGUUGGGUACAAAAAGGUAGAAAUUUCAUUUUCUGCUGGUAAGGGUAUAAAUUUGUAGAAACUUUCAGGAUGGUUGAUUUGGUAAUAAACUAAAAGUUCUAUUUGUGUAUCCUUAGCUGCCUUACGUCAAUCCUCAAGUAAAUUGUCCCCCAAAAAAAAAAAUUGUAGAAGAAUGCAAAGA